AAAAACUAUUUUCUCUCCCAAAAAACUUGAGCACUUGGGAACUGUGACAACUGUUUCUUCAAAUCAGCUCAGCUCCAGAAAUAAACAAAUCCAAUAAAGAAAGCACAACAACAUAACACAUAAACACCUUCACAUGCCCCUCCUCCUCCUCAAAAGAGGACUGUCAUUUUCCUUUCCUUGAUACUCAAAAAGCACAGACAGGCAUAUGCUUAUGUGUUUGGGUUGGUUGUGCUGUUUACCUUGGGUCUGAUCUGGAAAUGGGUCGCAGAAGAUCCAAGGGCCGGAGUGGGUUUUGAUUGAUUGAUUCAUUGCUUGCGCUCUUUGGGUGAUUUGAAACUUUCAAAUUCUGUUCUACUUUUUGCUUUUUCCGGGGCGGGUAAAAAAUUGGGGAGUAGCAGCAAAUCAGCAAUGGAGUCAAGAAUGGAUCAGUAUGAGAUCAUGGAGCAGAUUGGCAGAGGGGCAUUUGGUGCUGCUAUUCUAGUUCAUCACAAACAAGAGAGGAAAAAAUAUGUUCUGAAGAAGAUUCGGUUAGCUCGGCAGACUGAGCGUUGCAGAAGAUCUGCUCAUCAGGAGAUGGCAUUAAUUGCAAGGAUUCAACACCCAUAUAUUGUUGAAUUCAAGGAAGCAUGGGUGGAGAAGGGCUGCUAUGUUUGCAUUGUUACUGGCUACUGUGAAGGUGGUGACAUGGCUGAACUGAUGAAGAAAGCGAAUGGACAAUGUUUCCCGGAAGAGAAACUUUUGAAGUGGUUCACUCAGUUACUCUUGGCCGUUGAAUAUCUACAUUCGAAUUAUGUUCUACAUCGUGACCUGAAAUGCUCUAACAUCUUUCUUACAAAGGAUCAAGAUGUUCGCCUUGGGGAUUUUGGACUUGCUAAAACACUCAAGGCAGAUGACCUGGCCUCUUCGGUUGUUGGAACUCCCAAUUACAUGUGCCCUGAACUUCUUGCAGACAUUCCUUACGGUUUUAAAUCAGAUAUAUGGUCUCUAGGUUGCUGUAUAUAUGAAAUGGCUGCACAUCGGCCUGCAUUUAAAGCUUUUGACAUGGCGGGACUGAUAAGCAAGAUUAACCGAUCAUCCAUUGGGCCUCUUCCUUCUUGUUAUUCUCCAUCUUUGAAAGCACUUAUUAAGGGCAUGCUAAGAAAGAAUCCCGAGCAUCGGCCUAGUGCAUCAGAGCUCCUGAAACACCCAUAUUUGCAGUCCUAUGUUGAACAAUAUCGCCCGUCUGUUAAUCCUCCUCCAGCUAGGUCGCUUGAAAAACCUGGGAGCACGGGUAAUGACAGUCGAAAGAGUAUGGCCGAAAGCCUAAGUAGCACGAGCUCUUGCAGCGAUAGAGAUAGUUUUAUGUCGAGCGAGAAAAACAUCCAUGUUUUGGCUUUGAAUUGUGACAAUAAUAAGGGGUCCGAUGCCAAUUUGGCCUUUGCCGAUGAUGAAAUUGAGUGUGGCCACGGGGAUGAACGUGGAACGGAUACUUGUAGUGAAAAGACGGAGGAUCAGGAGGCGGCGGGAAAUCUCUUGCAGAACGAAAAGAGAUCUAAUUUGGAAUCUAAACAACCUAGAACGAUAAGGAAUAUAAUGAUGGCAUUGAAAGAAGGGAAAGGUAGAGAAAAUAGCUCUCCUAUGAGAGGCAACCGAGCAAAGUCUAGUUCUCCGGGCACACAGAAAGCUCUUGAAGUGUCGCCUAAAGUCCCGAAGCCAAAUUCUGUUAGCCCUAGUUCUAGGACUAAUGUCGAGGGAUCUGUAAAACGGGCGCAUUUAAUGCCUUCUCUGAAGCAUCAGUUGCCCGCUAUUGAAUCGUCCCCGAAGACUAAGCCUAAACACGAGGGGGUUUCUCCGGGGCCUGUGAAGGAAGAGGGAUUGCCUUCAAGGGUGAGACAAAAAACGCCUCCUAGUUUAAUUAGGCGACCAUCGUUUCCUUCGAGGAUAAGGCAAGCCGGGAAUGAUGCUGCUCCAGUUUCUGUGGAUCCCGAAGUGAGCCCCAAUUCCAUGUCUCAUGGCUUUCAUAUCCAUGCUUCAAAGGAUAGUAGCAAUUCCGCUUCCUCUUCAGUAUCAAUUCAAGGAUUUGAAGUUUGUGACUCGACGACAACCCCAUUUGUUAAACUUGCUGAACAGGCUAUAGAUACAGACAGCCUAGGAUCAAGACCGUCUUGUUCGGUUACUACCUCCACGCAGUCUGAUGUUCCCGAUGGUUCAUCCCGGGAUAACCUUGAACAUAAGAUCAAAUUCGAAGACAGCCCGGAUGACAUUUUCGAGGAACGCCAUCAACAAAUGGAUGAUCCAAUUGUAGCGGUGGAGAACGCCCUCCCAGAUUCAGAAUCAACAACGGUUGGUUCCAAAGACGAUGCUCCAACCGGAACGCCCGCUAGCUGUUCUGACGUGGAGCAGUCACCCGCCAUUCCCGUGCCCGGUGGCGAUGACAAGCACAUGGUAAAAGAAUUCGUCUCUUCAGCAACCAAUGGUGCCACUCCAACUGCUGCUCCCAUUUCUUCGAGCCAAAAGAAUAACCACAUUUCAGUAUUGAAGGAUGAUGACAAGUUCACUUUGAAGGAACUAUUAUUGCCACCAACCGAUCCGUCCAAUCCCUCCCCCGUUAUCCCUCCUGUGUCAACAACGCUGGAGACUUUACUGCCCGAGAACGGGACUUUUCUGCAGGAUAUCGAUAAACCAUCCCCUAGUCACACUACACCGGCUUUUGAUGAUGUCAUACACGUGAUCCGGCACAGUAGCUUCCGAGUUGGUAGUGAGCAGCCACUGAUCAAAACUGCGGAGAGAAACGCAGAUGUUGUUGGGAAGCUGAUAAACGUGGUAAGAGACGAGCCCGACACUGCAACCAAGGAAAUAGACACGAAAAACCUCAGCAACCCCAACAGCUCUCCGGCUCCAAUUCAAGAUUCUUGUGAACCGGCAAAAGCAGCAGAGGAAACGCCAGUAAAAGAGAUAUUAGACGUAAAGUCAUUCAGGCAGAGGGCAGAGGCGCUCGAAGGGCUAUUAGAACUCUCAGCUGACUUGCUCGAGCAUAAUAGAUUAGAAGAGCUGGCUGUCGUUCUGAAACCUUUCGGGAAAGAGAAGGUCUCCCCGAGGGAAACCGCAAUCUGGUUAGCUAAGAGCCUGAAAGGAAUGAUGCUGGAAGAGUCUGCUCAGAGUUCAUGAUUACUAUCCAAAAGGUUAGCCUUCUGCAUUUUUUGCUUGGUUCAAUUCUCCAAGAGAAAUGCUUACAUCUGUCUACUUUCCCUCUUUCUUUCUUUUUUUUGUUUCUUUUUCUAUAAUGUUUUUGUUAUUCUUUUAUUUAGUGAAGUGUACAUAUUGAGGAUAUAAACCCUGUUUUUUAAUUCCUUUUUCCCACUGCAAGUGUAAGAAUAUGUUGUAUAACAUUGUACAUUGUUGACAUUUAUUGGAAUUAUACUGAUUUGUCAUGCUGUUUA